AUGGCUGAAAUUCGCAAAGAGGAAAUCGAAAUGGUGAAUGUGGAAUCAGGAGCGCUCAUUGCUCUUAUUGAUUUCUGUUACUCCGGAAGAAUACGGAUCAGCGACAACAAUGUGCAUAGCAUUUUACCUGCUGCUUGCUUGCUCCAGUGA